AUGGCAACUUAUUACCUAGCAAAUAUUUGCGGAUCGCAAUAUUCAGGAGGAAGGAUAUCAUUUAACCCAAAUGGUACUUCAGUUUUAGCUCCAGUUGGAAAUCGCAUAAACAUUUAUGACCUACAAACAAACAAAAGUUCUACGCUUUGUUCUGAAGCUAGAAGCAAUGUUGUGUUGAUAUCAUGCCACCCUUCCAUCCCGCUCUCAAUUAUAAUCGAUGAAAAUGGCAAGAUGACUGAUUUAAUUAAUUUAAUUCAGGAUAUGGAUACACUGCAGUUUAAAUCGUCCAGUACACUUUCUACCUCAGAAAGCAAAGCAUACGACGCUCUACAUUCGCAAAAAAAGACAUUAAUACACGCAGCCUUCAGCCCAGAUGGGAAGUACUUUGCAGUUUCAGUGGAAAAGAAGGUUCUGGUGUGGCUGUCGCCGGAUGAAAAGCUGAGUUGGAAGAUGACGCUGCACCUGGAACUAACAGGGCACCUGGAAAACAUAAAUAGCGUAAAUUGGUCAAGCGACUCAAAGUACAUAUGCACGAGCUCGAGAGACAUGACAGUUAGACUUUGGUGCGUAGAGCCGGACGAGGAAUUUGUACCAGUAGCGUUCGUAGACCAUAGAAGAUCAGUGAGAGCAGCAUUUUUUUCAAAGGACAUGAAGAGAAUAUGCAGUGUGUCGAAGGAAGGAGUAAUAAUACUUUGGAAAAAAACGGAUUCCGCAGAAGGUGAGACAGUGGAAAGUGAUAAUUCAGCUAAAUUGGUUGGAUCAAGGAGUAAGAGUAACGUUUUAAGGAAGUUCACAAAAAAAGAUAAAGUAAAUGUGUGGACAAGGGAAGCCAAGGGAUACUGUAAUCAGCCAGCUAAUGCAACGGUGGCAGUGGUGGCAUUCAACGAUGAUACGGGGCUGCUGGUGGUGGGAUUCACGGGAGGAAUGUUUGGAAUAUACAACGUGCCGGAGCUGACGACAGUGCACACGCUUAAACUGGGAACGCAGAUACCGGUGAUAGACUCAGUGGAUGUAACGAAAGACGGCCAGUGGAUAGCACUGGCGUGCUCGGAAACUGGCACGAUAGUGGUCUGGGAGUGGAAGAGCGAAACGUUCGUGAUGAAGCAGCAAUCGCAUUUCGGAGGAGUCAGGUGUUGCUCGUUCUCGUACGCGUCAAACCUGGAGAAACUGGGAAGUUUGGCGGAUAAUAGAGGAGACUUCGACAGGACGCUGUCCAGCAGAAGCCUGGGCAUGGGAACGAGGUUCCUGGUCGCAACGGGAGGCUUCGACGGGAAGGUGAAGCUGUGGGACAACAACACGGGUCUGUGCUACGUGACGCUGACAGAGCACACGGCGUCAGUGGAGGCACUGGCGUUCACGCCACAGGGAAAUGCUUUGAUAACGGCGUCAAUGGAUGGGACUGUUAGGUGCUUUGACCUGUUUAGAUUCAGGAACUUUAGAGUCCUAACAGCAGGCAGAGUCCAGUACACGAGUGUGGCAGUCGACUCGACAGGAACGAUAGUCGCAGCAGGAAGCAAGGGAGACACGAACUCAGUGUACAUAUGGCAGAUACAGACAGGGAAGGUCUUGGACGAGUUGGUAGGGCACACGGCACCAGUGUCAUCAGUGUCGUUCCACCCACACCCAUCGUACAACGGAUACCUGGUGUCAACCUCCUGGGAUAACACGAUCAAGAUAUGGAACGUGUUUGGAAGGAAAGAUAAGGCGGGAUCAGUUGAAUCGGUGAUCAACACAUCGAGCGUAGUCAGUGCAUCGUUUGACCCUAGGGGAAACUCGAUACUGGCAGCGUCGGUGCUGAGCGGCCAGGUGUUAUUCUGGGACUUGGAUAACGUGGAGCAAAUCGGGUCAAUAGAUGGACUGAGGGACAUACAAUCGGGAAGACACUACACAGAAGCGUUUUCAGCAAUCAACAUCAAGUCGGACCCGCACAACAUCAACAGAAACAACUACUUCAACUCAGUGUCGUACUCAGCCUGCGGAAGAACGCUGGUGUGCACAGCCAAAAACUCAGCGCAAGUGUGCGUCUACAGCACGGAAAACUACCUGCUGGUGCACGUCUACAACCUCACGAAAAACAACUCGCUCUCAGGAAUCAGCAGGUUCCUCAGCUCUAAGUAUAUGACGGAGUACGGGUACUCAGUACAGGAGCUGGACCUGUCGGACGAGGAGACGCACGAGGACUCGAAGAAGAUAUCGAGGAUAAAGGCGCACAAGGCGCUGCCGGGAGUGGACGUCGGAGAAUUUAAGGUGACACAGGACAGGUUCAGCGUGUGGGAGGUGAAGCACGCGCCGGACGGAAGGCAGUUCGCAGUGUCGACGUCAGGGGGAGUGCACAUAUACUCCCUGGACGCGGCGAGGAACGUGGAACACGCGAGCCAGGCGAUGAAGUCGCUGCACAGCUUCCAGCCGCAAAUAAUCACGAAGAACGUCACGAAGAGCGCGAUUCUGGAGCAGCUGAAGGCAGGGGACCACGUGCGGGCCUUCAUCCUGGCCCUGGCCAUGAACAACUACCAGCUCAUGCUGGAGGUGUACGAGGGCACGCCCGCGAGCCAGAUUGCCGCGGUGGUCUCGUCACUGGACCCUGCGCUCAUCCUCGUGCUGCUCAACUUCCUGAGGAACGCGCUGAACUCGCACUCGCCGAACGGGACCGUGCACCUGGGACUGCACCUGGCCUGGCUCAACGCGGUGUUCACGAUACACCAGAACGUGCUCGCGAGAUUCUCCGGCGCCGGCGAGUCGAGCGAGGGGCACUCGGACCUGAGGACGAUGAUGUUGUUGCUCCUGAGGCAGAUCAGGGACACUCGAGCGAACGUCCUCGGCCUCUUCUCCUCGAACGCCUAUACGCUGGAAUACCUCUCUAACAUGGGCUAA